AUGACCCUGCCACCAAGCAUACCUCACAACUACACUCCUCUUACGCCCGUGUCUUUUCUGCUGCGAGCUGCUCUGAUCGCACCGGACUCGCCAGCCAUCGUCCAUCCCGAGAGGGGGGUCAAGUUGACUUACUCGCAAUGGGCGGCGAGGACUCUAAGCUUGACAUUUGGGAUUUUGGGGACGCAAGGAUGGAGGACUGGCGAGCGAGUGGCUGUGAUUGCGCCAAAUUGUCCAAUGAUCCUCGAGCUGCAUACAGCCAUCCUGGCCGCAGGGGGGAUCAUCACGCCUAUCAACAUUCGCAAUACUCCCGCAGAGAUCGCCUACAUCCUCAAACAUUCAGGCUCCCGCUUGAUCUUCUGCGACUCCGAGUAUCAACACCUCCUACGCAGCAAUGAAAGCUCAUCUCCCUCCGCCCAAAUCAUCAUCUCAAACGACUCUGGUGGCCGCGACGACUCGGAUCCCUACGAGCACUUCCUCGACGCUGGUCACCGAAUUUGGGCUGAAGCAGAGCAGGCGGGCGAGAAGAGCUCAAUGGGACAAUUAAAAAGAGGUUGGGAGCUCAUCGAUCACCCGGCAAACGAGAAUGCGCCUGCUGCUCUGUGCUACACCAGCGGUACGACGGGCAGGCCAAAGGGCGUGCUGACCACUCAUCGAGGUGCGUAUCUGGCGGCGAUCAGUAACGCCUUCGAAGCGGGCCUAGGCGCCGAAAGCGUCUAUCUCUGGGUGCUGCCAGCGUUUCAUGCCUGUGGCUGGACAUUUCCAUGGGCAGUGAACGCCGCUUUUGCAGCUCAUUACAUCCUCCGCAAGGUGGACAAUGAUCAAAUCUGGUCUGCGCUCUUGCAAGGUGGUACUACCCAUUACGCUGGCGCACCUACGGUCCAGAUUGGAAUCGUCAAUCAUGGGCGCGCAGAGCGACUGCCUCGGACCAUACGUGUCGCUGUUGCGGCAAGCGCUCCCACCAGCGCGCUGCUCUCGCAGAUGGAAAAGCUCAAUCUUCUGCCGGUCCAUGUGUACGGCCUGACAGAGUCGUACGGACCAGUCUCGCGACGCUAUCCGCAUAGAUCUUGGGCAGACCUAUCUACUGAUGACAGAGCACGACUCAUGGCGCGACAAGGUCACGGCUUCUUGACGGCCGACGAGGUUCGCGUGUGCCGCGUGCCGCCUGAAGACGCAGAUCCACAAAGCGUGGCUCUGGAAGACGUGCGCAGGGAUGGCAAGGAGAUGGGCGAGAUUGUGAUGAGGGGCAACAUUGUCAUGCAGGAGUACUAUAACGAUGCGGAGGCCACGCGCAAAACGUUUCGGGAUGGCUGGUUCUGUACCGGUGACCUUGCAGUCCGUCACCCUGGCGGCGAGAUCCAAAUCGCAGAUCGCAAAAAGGAUCUUUACAUUUCUGGCGGCGAGAACGUCAGCAGUCUGAUGGUGGAGACGGAGCUUUCCUCGCAUCCUGCCGUGCUCGAGUGCGCUGUGGUGGCGCGCAAGGAUCCAAAGUGGCAAGAAGUUGGGCAUGCAUUUGUCGUGUUGCGUCCUGAUCAUCGAGCAUCCGAGAAGGAGCUGCAAGAGCAUUGCCGGAAGCACAUGAGCAAGUUCGCAGUGCCAAAGUUUGUGGACCUGGUGGCGGAGCUCCCCAAAAAUGCAACAGGAAAACUUCAGAAGAACGUGCUGCGCGAGCGUGUCGCAAAGCUCGCGGAAAGCGCGGCAGAUCGCCAAGCUAAGAGCAAGCUGUGA